UUGGCCGCACAAGCUGGAGGAGGGCUGCACAAGACUUGAUUGGAAUCAACCUUGAGACCCACCUUGUCUAUUUCCGCACAAAUCAUGGGUGUGUUUUGUCUCCCUUCAUUUUGAGAGUUGUACUCGUCCAAAUGAGGUGUAUAAGGUGUCCUUGGAUAGCCUUUGAAGUGUAGUUUCAUAAUUGAGUGGCCUUUGUUCGAGUAGAGAGAGCAAUCAUCCAAAAAUCGAUCUGGAACGAGCAGUGGUCUGUGAACUCGAGCUGUGGGAGUGCUGAGACUGUUUGGUCGAUAUCUCGAGUUUUACAAAUCCAAUUAAGGCGUGUGAGAUACCCACAGAAAGCUCUCAAGACGAGGAAUCCGUGAAGGUCUGGUUUGCAGGAAUCGGAGUUGUGGAAGGCUUCCAAAUCGUCCGAGAAAAACGCAACCUCGCAGGAGAGGAUCUAAUCCUCUAAAGAAUCGAGUUAGCCGGAAAACACCCGUUCUAGGGGCUGUUUUCGUAUCAACGAUUAAGGGUUGAACUAGCACUUGAGGAGGCUGUUUAACACUCAUAUUUGAGCAAGGAAUCAGUUCCAAAUCCACCUUGACCAAAGCUUUGACCAUUGGACCAAGAAGGGAAAGUUUAAAGCUCAAUUGAGGUUGAGGCUAGAGCUUGCAUCCUGUGCUCGUUGAUCGAGUGAUUCCUCGGAGAGAAGACUUGAAAUGGACCGUGGUGGCAGGAUUACUAGGAGAAACCCGACUGGCCGUGUACCAGUGGAGACUGGACAGGGCAGUCGAAGGACCUCUAGGGCAUCUAGAGGAGCUGGCCGUGGAGGCCGAUCACAGACCGUGAGUGACGGUCAUGUCGACACGGAAAGUGAGACCUACUGGUCCUAUGAGGACUCGACUUACCAACCGGAGACAGAGCCGGUUGACACCCCUUAUGAAGGGGAUGAUGACGAUGUAAGUGAUGAGGAGGGAAAUGGCUCCUUAGCACGGAUCGAAGCACUACUCCAACAAUACCACCGGGAGCGUGAAGAGAGGAGGCAACGCCGAAGACGCCGAGUGGGGCAACCUUCGGGCAUGGCUUCAAGAGGAGGGAGUCAUGGUGCAUCUAGAGUCCAUGUGGAACCACAUGGAGGCCAAAGUGAUGGAGGUCCAACCAUAAGGAUCUCCAAAUUUAUCAAAGAAGCAAGAGAUUUGGGGUGCAAACCCUUUGAUGGAGCAGGGGACAUUUCAGUCGCAGCACAAUGGAUCAAGAGGCUAAAUGAAGCAGCCCUUGACAUGCAAAUCGCGCCGAAUCUCAAACUGAGAAUUGCGGUAAGAUUGCUCGAGGGGAUGGCAUCCAAGUGGUGGGAUGGAACCAAGAGCAAGUACGGUGAGACCGUCGUUUGGGAGGACUUCCAACGGGAGUUCUUUGCCCAAUAUUAUUCUGAUUUUGAAGUGAACAAGAAGGUGAGGGAAUACACCCUCCUAACCCAAGGGGGGUAACAUGACAGUGAAGGAACUUGAGUACAAGUUCCGGGAUCUCGCCGACUACAUACCGGAGUAUGCUUGUGACGAGAACCGAAUGGUAAACCACUUUUGGGAUGCUCUUGACUUGGAGAUACGUGAUAGGGCAACACAAUUGCCUAAUAUGACCUUCGCCCAAGUGGUUGACCAAGCGUUGAAGGGGGAGAAACAGUGGGAGGAGAGGAAGAAGAGAGACGCCGAGGAGGCGAAAAAGAGAAAAUGGGAGAGUCAUGGCUCCCAAGGUUCCAACAAAAAGGGGAACCAUGGAGGAGGAUCUUUCCGGGCACCGCCGCCACCGUCUAGGGGGAACCAAGGCCCGAGUGGGCAAGGCGCGAGGUCACAAACCUCAGUGGUAGCUCGUUGCAACAAUUGCAAGAAGAACCACUCCGGUAAAUGUCGCGACCCCCCUAGAUGUUUUCAAUGCGGGGAUGCCGGGCAUUUGAAGGCACAUUGUCCACAAUUGAGUGGGGCAAGGACAUCGGGACCAAGUAGUGGCCCGACGGGUACGCGGAAUCAACCCGGGGCUUCUCAAGCAAGCCGGGGACAUGGGGGAGCAAGUGCGAGCAACGCGCCAUCCGUGAACCAAGGGAGGACCCAGGCUAGGGUCUAUGCGAUGACGGAGGCGGAUGCUCAAGCUAACCCGGACUCCGUCGCAGGGACACUAAAGAUUAACGGGGAGGAUGCACGAAUCCUUAUCGAUACCGGAGCGCAACGUUCAUUCGUGAGUGAGGCGUUUGCCGAGAGCUUAGAGAUGCAAUCAAUACCAAUGACACAAACCUUAGUGGUAUCAACCCCACUAGGGGAAGACGUUGAAAGAAACAAUUACUAUCCAUCUUGUAUGGUGGAAAUCGGUGGCCAAACCUUGACGUGUGAUUUCGUACCGCUGAGUAUGAUGGAGUUCGAUGCAAUCCUAGGGAUGGAUUGGCUAGAAAAGCAUCAUGCUAGGGUAGAUUGCUACACAAAGGUGUUGGAACUCGAAGGCACACAGGGGGACACCCUACGCUUCGAGGGGGGACCGCGGCAAAUCAAAUAGUUGUAUCAUAUCCGCCGUGAGAGCGAGAAAUAUGAUGAGGAAGGGAUGCCACGCAUAUCUAGCAUUCGUGGUUGACAAAACCAAAGAGGAAACGAACAUCGAUGAUGUGAGGGUGGUUUGUAAGUAUCCGGAGGUCUUCCCUAAAGACCUACCGGGGCUUCCACCUGACAGAGAGAUUGAAUUUGUGAUCGAGGUCGAGCCUGGUACCAAACCAAUCUCCAUACCGCCAUACCGGAUGGCACCCGCUGAACUUAACGAGUUGAAAACCCAAUUGCAAGAGCUUUUGGAUAACGGUUUCAUUAGACCAAGCCACUCCCCGUGGGGAGCACCGGUUCUUUUUGUGAAAAAGAAAGAUGGGACACUUCGAAUGUGCAUUGACUAUCGUCAACUGAACAAGGUCACAAUCAAGAAUAGGUAUCCGUUGCCUAGGAUUGAUGACUUGUUUGAUCAACUACGAGGAGCAACCGUGUUUUCGAAGAUUGACUUAAGGUCGGGGUACCAUCAAUUGAAGAUUAAGGAAGAUGACAUACCAAAGAGUGCUUUCCGCACAAGGUAUGGGCAUUUUGAGUUCCUUGUUAUGUCGUUUGGAUUAACAAACGCCCCGGCGGCAUUCAUGGACUUGAUGAACCGAGUAUUUCAUAAAUACUUGGAUCGAUUCGUGAUUGUGUUCAUAGAUGACAUCUUGAUUUACUCAAAGAGUGAAGAAGAGCAUGAGGAGCACUUGAUACUUGUUCUUGAAACACUACGGGAGAAGCAACUCUAUGCCAAAUUUUCUAAAUGUGAAUUUUGGCUAAAGGAGAUUGGCUUCCUCGGGCACGUGGUUUCGGGAUCGGGGAUUGCUGUUGAUAACAAGAAGAUAGAAGCCAUUACUGAAUGGGAGAGGCCAAAGAACGUCAAGGAAAUUCGUAGUUUCCUUGGAUUGGCAGGCUACUAUAGAAAGUUCGUGGAGAAGUUCUCUGUUCUGGCAUCGCCAUUGACGAAGCUCACUCGUAAAGGAGCUAAGUUUGUAUGGGAUGACAAAUGUGAGAAAGGGUUCAUGGAACUAAAGAAGAGAUUGACCGAGGCACCGGUACUUGCAUUACCCAAACAAGGUGUGGGGUACGAUGUCUAUAGCGAUGCGAGCAUCCAAGGGCUCGGAUGUGUACUGAUGCAGAAUGGGAGGGUAAUCGCCUAUGCUUCACGACAAUUGAAGAAGCAUGAGGUGAAUUAUCCUACUCAUGAUUUGGAGCUCGGGGCAGUGGUAUUUGCACUGAAGAUAUGGAGACAUUAUCUCUACGGGGAGACAUGUCACAUAUACACCGAUCACAAGAGCUUGAAGUACGUGUUUACUCAGAAAGAGCUAAACAUGAGACAGAGACGGUGGAUGGAGCUGAUAAAAGACUACCAUCUAGUGAUAGAGUAUCACCCAGGCAAGGCAAACGUGGUGGCAGAUGCUUUGAGCCGGAAGAGCUCGUCUGGGGCAUUGAUAACUAAUUUGAGGGCAUUAAGAGCCCAACUGGAGGUAACCAGCGAUGGUGCCUUAUUGGCACGAUUUGAGGUGAGACCCACUUUACUUGAUGAGAUCAAGAAGGGUCAGGAAGCCGACGAAGAACUUAUGAAGGUCCGGGAACGCAUGCAAGCGGGGCCGGUGGAGGAUUUCAGGGAAAGAGAUGAUGGUCUCUUGUUAUUUCGUGACCGAGUGUGUGUACCGUCAGAUGAUGAGCUCCGAAAGUCCAUCUUAGAGGAGGCUCAUUCAUCGGCUUAUGCCAUGCACCCGGGGGGCACGAAAAUGUACCGUGAUUUGAAGGAAAGUUACUGGUGGUCUGGAAUGAAGAGGGAAAUAGCCGAGUACAUCAGUCGGUGCCUUACUUGUCAACAAGUUAAGGCAGAACAUCAGCACCCAGCAGGCUUAUUGCAACCACUUUCCAUUCCUGAAUGGAAGUGGGAACACGUGACUAUGGAUUUUGUGGUAGGGUUGCCACGGACAAUCAGGAACUAUGAUGCAGUUUGGGUUGUCGUAGAUAGGCUCACAAAGAGUGCACACUUCUUGCCUAUCAACACUACUUACCCACUUGAGAGGUUAGCCAAAUUGUAUACGGAUGAGAUCGUGAGGCUGCAUGGGGUCCCAGUGACCAUUGUAUCUGACAGAGACCCACGAUUCACAUCACGUUUUUGGCCAAAAUUUCAGGAGUCUAUGGGAACGAGGUUGAAGUUCAGUACUGCUUUCCACCCACAGACGGAUGGGCAGUCUGAAAGAGUCAUACAGAUCCUAGAAGACAUGCUGAGGGCUUGUGCAUUGGAGUUCCAGGGAAGUUGGGACAACCACUUAGCACUUGUGGAGUUUGCCUAUAACAACAGCUAUCAGGCAAGCAUCGGCAUGCCUCCAUACGAGGCAUUGUAUGGGAGGAGGUGCCGUACACCAUUAUGCUGGGACGAGGUUGGCAUGGCCAAACUCGAGGGUACUGAGUUGGUUGAGGUCACCAAAUCAAAGGUGAAGUUGAUUCGAGAGAGACUCAAAGCGGCUCAGGAUAGACAAAAGAGUUAUGCAGAUAAGCGUCGAAGAACCUUAGAGUUUAAGGUUGAUGACGAGGUAUUCUUGAAAGUUUCUCCUUGGAAAGGGAUCAUUCGGUUCCAAACCCGAGGAAAACUUAACCCACGAUAUAUAGGUCCAUUUAGGAUUAUAGAGAGGAUUGGAGCCGUUGCAUAUCGUCUACAGUUGACUCCUGAGUUAGAGAAGAUACAUAAUGUGUUUCAUGUAUCCAUGCUUAAGAAGUAUGUGCAUGAUCCUUCUCAUGUGUUGGAGAAGCCGCCCGUGGAGGUACGUGAGGAUUUGAACUAUGCCGUGCAACCGGUAAGAGUUAUUGACAGAAAAGUGAAGAAACUGAGGAGUAAAGAAGUUCCAAUGGUUAAAGUCCUUUGGAAGAGUGACCGGGUCGAGGAAGAGACAUGGGAAACGGAGGCUUUGAUGAGGAAGCAGUAUGCUUUCCUAUUCGAGUAGAGCUGUGAAUUUCGGGGACGAAAUUCCUGUUAAGGGGGGGUGAACUUGUGACACCGCACCCGAACGUCCUUGAAAAUUCGAUUUAAAAAAAUUCAAAAGUGAUGUAUUGAAUUUCCGAUUUCAAAGCAAUGGAAGAAACGAUUAAUAUUUUACGAAGUACGCGAUUGAAUAUUGUAUUGUUCAAACCCGUAUUCUUUUAUAAUUUUCAUCAUGUAAAUUAUUGGGAUGAUCCUACACAUAUUGGAGAUCAAUAAUGUGAUUUAGGAAGUUGACUUGUUCUAAAUAAAUUAGGAUGAGUGCAAAAAGACAUCUUUUGACAAAGAUAAAACAAUAGGACCCAUUUCCCCCAUUUUUGGAAGUAUUGGUAGAUAAAUUGGACCCCAAAUUAAUUGGGAUCAAUUGGGAACCACUCCACAUGAUUAUAGUACCUGCAAAACAAGAAAAAUAAGUGAGGAGACUUACCUUGGCCGCACAAGCUGGAGGAGGGCUGCACAAGACUUGAUUGGAAUCAACCUUGAGACCCACCUUGUCUAUUUCCGCACAAAUCAUGGGUGUGUUUUGUCUCCCUUCAUUUUGAGAGUUGUACUCGUCCAAAUGAGGUGUAUAAGGUGUCCUUGGAUAGCCUUUGAAGUGUAGUUUCAUAAUUGAGUGGCCUUUGUUCGAGUAGAGAGAGCAAUCAUCCAAAAAUCGAUCUGGAACGAGCAGUGGUCUGUGAACUCGAGCUGUGGGAGUGCUGAGACUGUUUGGUCGAUAUCUCGAGUUUUACAAAUCCAAUUAAGGCGUGUGAGAUACCCACAGAAAGCUCUCAAGACGAGGAAUCCGUGAAGGUCUGGUUUGCAGGAAUCGGAGUUGUGGAAGGCUUCCAAAUCGUCCGAGAAAAACGCAACCUCGCAGGAGAGGAUCUAAUCCUCUAAAGAAUCGAGUUAGCCGGAAAACACCCGUUCUAGGGGCUGUUUUCGUAUCAACGAUUAAGGGUUGAACUAGCACUUGAGGAGGCUGUUUAACACUCAUAUUUGAGCAAGGAAUCAGUUCCAAAUCCACCUUGACCAAAGCUUUGACCAUUGGACCAAGAAGGGAAAGUUUAAAGCUCAAUUGAGGUUGAGGCUAGAGCUUGCAUCCUGUGCUCGUUGAUCGAGUGAUUCCUCGGAGAGAAGACUUGGUUCGUGCUUCCUCCAUUCUAUUUGAAACAUUAAUAAAUUUGCUCAUGGAUAUUUUAUUAUAGAGCCUGCGUGCUCAUGAAUAGCCCUGUGUGGCUCUUUCGUUUUAAACAAUGUUUUCCGCUGCUUUAUGAAUUACUUAUUAUGUUGUUUAUGGAUGACUUAUGUGUGAAUGAUAUUCAUGACGCCUUGUAUAAU